CCCAGACGUGACGUGUUUCCGGUGGUUCAAACAUGUGCGCGCUUACUUGCCGGCGUGGCCUUUAACCAGCACUCAGCUCCUUCCGGUAGAAGCUGGGCUGUGGUGCGCAGGCGCGAAGCGGCCAGCACCUGUUCGCGGCGGUCUUAUAAUCAGAAGGAGAAGGUUUGUACCUGGGAUCCUACGAGGUUUCUUUCCCCCCGACGGAGAGCAUGGAGAGGCCCACCUCCUACCACUAUGGUCAACAGAUGAUGGACGAGUCCGCCAUGCAGGAGCCUUCCCCAUCGCAGUACAGCCCCUUCAUCCUGGUCUCCAACCUGCGAGCGCACCUCUACGUGGCGCUGGAGAAGAACGCCUGGCUGCUGAAGCGUGUUGAAGAGCUGGAAGAAGAGCGCAACUUCCUGCGCUGCCAGCUAGAUCGUUUCAUUGUCAGCAUGUGGAGUCAUGAGGACUUGUGCGGUGAUGCUCAGCGUGGUGUAAAGGUCCAGCCUGCCAGCCCUCCCAGCCCACACUCUUCCAUGACUACCAGGUCCGGAAUGACCCUAAAGCGCCUGCAGGGACACGGAUGUCGCACCCGCCACGGAGCCGCUGUCCCUGCCACAGUCAAACAGGAGUUUCACCUGGAGGAAGACAACUACUAUACUGACCAAGAGUACCUGGAAGAGGAGGAGGAGGAAGAGGCAGACUCCUCGGUGGAGGCGGGGUCGAAGAAAAAAGGCAAAGGACGCACGGGGGAGCCCAGGAUGAAGAUGAGGAGGAUCUUCCGCAUCACCCACGGCCGGGAGAGACAGCGAGUCAAAGACCCAGACGGUGUUUUGAUCCGCUACAAGAAGAUCCUGACCACAUACCAGCGCGUCAGGAGCAUGUCCAGAGCCUUUCAAAUUCACGGAGUUGACCGAAACACCAUGGCCUCCACUUCCCCAAUCGCUGAGGUCCUGCUGGUGGCGCCAGAGAAGAUGGAAGAUGUGGGCGAGUUUGAGGCAUCAAAGGAGAAGCUGCUGGAUUACGCCAGACGCUGCUACAAAAUCAUGGACGAGCAGACGCAUGCUAAAGUCCAGACUAUGAAGAAGACUCACAAGCUGCUGCCCAUCUCCUAUCGCUUCAGAAACUGAGCUUUUUUGAUUAAUGUCUAUAAAGUUUAUAUUUUGUUCUCCAAUUUAUAUUUGUUUUGACAUAAUAUGGCAUUUUGUUGUUUGUAACUUCAGCAGUUGUUGAACUUAAUUUAUUCAUUUGCGUCUGGUGACCUAAUUUUUUUGUACUUUGAUAAAUAAUUUAUUUUCUGAAUUUGUUGAGGUUUGCACAAUAUUUUUGGGGGGAAUAAAUGCAUCAAAUAUGAUGUGUUAAAGUUGGUCUUUGAUUUGGAAUAUUAAAAAUGCAUGCAUAAA